CAAGGCGCGAAAGAGGGCAGCAUUGUUCAAAGCUGAAGAACUGAACGUUCUGCUUGAGGAGGUGGAGGCAAACAAAGGCCUCUUAUGUGAUCGCUUCAAAGGUGCCCACGUCAACAAGCAAAAAGUUAAGAAGUGGGGAGAAAUAGCUAAGAGAAUGACUGCGGUCGCUGGCAUCACUAGGUCCGGUGUUGACGUCCGGAAAAAAUGGCAAGACUUUGCCAGUCUUGCCAAAAAGAAAGCGUCGGAAAUUCAAGAUCAAUCCAAUUGGACUGGUGCCCCUGUCAACGUGCACAGGGUGCAGGCCCUCAACGACGAUGAAAAGCGAGCCAUGGCCAUCAUAGGCUACUCAGUCUCCCAAAGCCUAACCGGGGGAGUGGAUAUCCAUGCGGGUAUCAAGGAAGAGGCAGAUCCUUCAGGUGAGCAAUGGAAGGUGGAAGAGGAACCAAGGAUCCCCCACCUGUCCACCCCGGCUAUCCCCACCUCCAUACCCGCCAUGACGCCCCUGCUGACCACACCUACCCCUUCCACCGUCUCAACUGCCACCGCCUCCGUCAUGGUGGAGUUGGAGAGGGAGAAGGUGGCUCUGCUCAAGGACGUGUGUGGUCUUCUCCGGGAAGCCUCCGAGCGAGACGCUAAAUAUCAGCAAGAGGUGAUUGUGCUGAAGAGGGCCAAGUUGGACCUCAUGGCACGUCGGCUUGCCCUCCAGGAGGAGCGGUUUGAAGCAAAACCUUCCAUAAUUACCCCGGAGCAACAAGAUGGCGACGCCGACAGGUCAUGACGGGUAGGACCGAAUGGCUAUCCAUCCCCCUGGGAUGCCAUGGGAGGCGGAGAAGCCUAUGAUGGCCCAUGGUUUGUCCUUCCUUAUCGUUGAGGGACUGCACCGUGUUCACUCCCGCAUCCGUCUAAUUGGUUUGAUGUCGAACUUCCAACGCUUUCUUUUUCGCUCCACAUCGGACCUAGUGACCGCAGUCAUUAUCAGCUAUUUCCCCCCCACACUUCUUAAAAUGUUGCUUGUUGGUGUGGGCACCUUUUGUACCGUUUUUUUCUUUUGAGUUUUGAAAUAAAAACAAAAACGUGGUUUUUCAAACGAUGUGGAAACACUGGCAAUGAUGUUUGAUUUUUGAAAUUGAAAUUAACUGUAUAACAUUACCGAGGGUCUGUUAAUGUGUUACGUGUCAAAUUAAC